AAAGAACAAUGGAAGAGAAAACGUUUACACUACUUUUGCUCUUCGCCUUCUUUUCCUUCAGUUUUGCCUUUUCUGCCAAUGAAUACCCCGGAAGAUGGAAGCUAUUGAAGAAAAACAGCGGAAUUUCGCCAAUGCAUAUGCAAUUGCUACCUAAUUCCGCUGUCAUUGCAUUCGACAGAACAAACUCUGGCAAUUCCAACAUUUCUUUACCGGAUGGAAAGUGCAUAAAGUUCGAACGGUCUCUUGAUUGCACUGCUCACUCCAUAGAGUUUUAUCCCGCCAACAGAAGUGUUCGACCUCUGUCACUAUGGUCCGACACAUGGUGUUCUUCAGGUGCAUUGUCACAGGACGGUGUGUUGGUGCAGAGUGGUGGAUACCACCACGGAGGGCAUGUUGUCCGCUACUUCGACCCCUGGAAAGGAUCCGACGCUGACUGGAUGGAGGAUCGGAAAGGUCUUAUUCGGCCUAGAUGGUAUGCUUCUAAUCAGAUUUUGCCUAAUGGAAAAAUAAUCGUCGUUGGCGGAAGAAAUGAAUUUAACUAUGAGUUCAUCCCCAAAACAUCUGAUUCUGAUCAUGUGCUAUACCCACUUGGAUUCCUUCAAGAAACCUUACAUACAAAGUCCGUCCAGGACAAUCUAUACCCUUUUACCCACCUUGCACCUGAUGGAAAUCUCUUCAUUUUUGCCAACGACAGAGCAAUUCUACUCGAUUACGAGCAGAACAAGGUGAUCAAGAAAUACCCUGUUCUUCCUGGAGGAUAUGCUCGUAAUUAUCCUAGCACAGGUUCAUCAGUUCUCCUCCCAUUGAAACUUUCCAGCAAUUCUAGUGCAACUCUUGAUGCUGAAGUUCUCAUUUGUGGUGGUUCAGUCCCGAAUUCCUAUUCAAUGGCGCGUGUCACAAAGUUCUUACCGGCAACCAGAACCUGCGGUCGAUUAUCAAUCAUGGCGGCAAAUCCCAAUUGGGAAAUCGAAGAAAUGCCGUUUAAAAGGGUGCUAGGUGACAUGAUUUUGCUUCCUACAGGAGACGUGCUGAUCGUAAACGGAGUGGAAAAUGGCUCUGCUGGUUGGGAAUUUGGCAGAGUACCGGUUUUGAACCCUGUUCUUUAUCAUCCCAAUAAGGACAGGGUUAAGAACGGCAGCAGAUUCCAGAUUCUGAGCCCCAGUUCAAAGCCUCGUGUAUACCAUUCUAGUGCAAUUCUGUUACCGGAUGGUCGUGUCUUGAUCGGAGGAAGUAAUGCCCACGAGUUCUACAAUUUCACUGCUCUGUUCCCCACUGACAUCAGUCUCGAGGCCUUCUAUCCUCCAUACCUUAACCGCAAUAAUCACCGACCCAGGAUCGGUUACCUGAAACCAGGGAAUCUAAUCGGAUACAAUCAGAAAUUUUCUGUGGAGUUUUGGUUAAAUGAUGGGGGAAAGGAUGCUAAUCCGGCCAACACUUAUGUGACAAUGGUGGCUCCGUCUUUCACAACACAUUCUUUUGCCAUGAAUCAAAGGUUAUUAGUUUUGGCUUUAGAUGGAGUUCGUCAUGUCGUGGACAGGCACCAUGCUGCUGAUGUAAAUGCUCCAGUGACUGCUUCAGUGGCGCCGCCGGGUUUUUAUUUGCUGUUCUUGGUUCAUGAAGGUGUUCCGAGCAGGGGUGUUUGGGUUCAGAUUAAGUAGGUUUAGGCUGGACCUCAACAAAUCCUUACUCUUAGAGUUAGAAUAAGGGUUAAAAAUCUCUCUACAUUCUAUUUUAUUAUGUAUAAAUUACACCUAAGAGUAAUUCAUCCACACCUUUGUUUUCCCCCACGAAUGUUAAUUUUAGAAUGCCGGUCUAAAUUAUUCUC